AUAUACAUACAACAUCACAAAAAACAAAGAAUUAUUUUGACAAGCGUAGUCGCAGCUGAAACUGUCAAAACGGAAGUCAAACGUAAGAGAUUGUCAAAAAUUUCCGUAGUGCCAAGAAAGGAAAUAUCGAGAUUUUCGAAACAAACUCGAAAAACUGAGAAACUUCAAAAACCAUUUGGAUUUUGUUGUGAUGAAAAAUUGCAGGAUUUUAAUACAAAAUAUGAUGAACGGAAACCGCCAUUCACAUCGUCCUUGACUAACGUAGUAUUAAAUGGUGGCGGGCCUGAUUUGAAAUUUCGAAUAAAGGAUAUUUUUUUCCUUCAAGCGUCUGCAUCAUCGUCGUCGCCUAGAAUUGCUAGUGCAAAAUCUGCGACCCACAAGGUUCAUUUAAAGACAACAACUGCUAAUGUCGGAGCUUGUAAAUGGAGUCACGGACCAAUUAAUUGGUAUUUAGAGGACGAAAUCGCUCGCGCCCAAGAGAUAAUCAUCAAAAAUAAGCAAAAACAUCGGGGGGAUAAAAUUAAAGUUCUCUUCACGAGGAAAAAGAGAAAAAUAACGAAAAAAGAUGUUUCCGAAAUAAAAAUUACUGACGACAAAGAUGAAAAUACAAGUAACAGUAUUGAAACUACAAUCGAUGAGAACGAAUGAAAAAACAAAAAAUUAAUAAACAUAUAAUUAUGUCUAAAAUUUGAUAUUUAAACUAAAGUGACAAAUAAACUCAAUAUCCUUUAUAUCAGAUUGUUUAUUUAAAAAAAUUAACUCUCAACAGUUUACAAAUUUUACAAUAAACAUAUAAUUACAAACGAGGCCUAAAUACUAUUUUUUGUUAGCCAUUUUUCACUCUUGUCUCUAACAGUCAAAAGUGUAAGUGAAAAUCAUGGCACUUAAUUACUUUUUUUUCUAACGAAUUUUUUCAAGUACUGUAAUUAGAAAAUAUAGUCUUUCUUUUUGACAUUUUCGCAUAUUAAUUUUUCUUAUAUUUAAGUUCACCGUUUCCAAUAUUUCAAUUAAAUUCCUAAACUUUAUUUACAUUUUUCUACUGAGAAUUGUUUAGGUUUUUAUUGACGAUCGAAAAAAUAAAAAAAAAAAUCACUGUUUUUUCAUCGAUCUAUAUUUGGAAAAAUGGACUAUAAAAAAAAUUCCAACUCUAGUGAACAAUAUAAAUAUAAAUAUAACUAAAAAAAAUAAAAUAUUUCUCACUUUUUUCCAAGUCUUAUGUUUUUUGCGUUCUCGCCAACUAAUUUUUUUUCCUAAAUAGUAUAUAAACUUGAUUUUUUUUUUGAAUAAAUAAUGAAAAUGCGCCAGGCAUUUAAUUAUUAAAUUAACAAUAUUAAUAAUAAGAAUAAUUCUAUGGCAUAUGUGUUAAUGAAACAAAAAAGUAAGAAAAGCAUUUUGAGUAAAAAAAAUUACGUCGAUCGCUAAUAUAGAGUCGAAUUUCUUUGGUAAGACAAUAAAUGUCCGCACAAGUGUAAAAAAAAAA